AUGAAGGAAAAACCUUCUAAUUCUUUAUCGUCUCGUGCAAAUUCUAAAUCUUCUUCCAUCCAUUCAUCAACUCAACGCAUUCCUCCACUCAAAAAUUCCUUUAGUAAGAAGAAGAGGGAUAUCGUUCAAAAUGGUAAUCGAGCCCCAAUCCACAGAACUUCCAUUUACAAAGGAGUUACUAGGCAUAAAUUUACAAGGAGGUUUGAGGCUCAUCUAUGGGACAAGGAUUCUUGGACCACCCAGCAUAAAAAGAAAGGGAGACAAAUUUAUUUAGGAGCUUAUGAGAAUGAAGACUUGGCUGCUCAUGCUUACGAUCUUGCUGCUCUGAAAUAUUGGGGACCCACUACUGCACUCAACUUUCCGGCAUCGUUGUACGAGAAAGAGAUUGAAAAAAUGAGCAAUUUGACAAAAGAAGAGUAUGUGGCUACUCUAAAGAGAAAAAGCCGUGGAUUUUCGAGGGGAGCUUCAGAAUACAGAGGCGUUGCUAAGCACCAUGCAAAAGGUAAAUGGGAGGCUCGAAUUAAAGUGAUCGGAGAAAAACGAUAUCGAUACUUGGGAACCUUCACCACAGAAAAGGAAGCAGCCAUUGCAUAUGAUUUAGCUGCCAUUCAACUUAGAGGGACCAGUGCAGUGACAAACUUUGAUAUAAGUACAUAUAAACAAGACCUUCAUGAAUAUGAUACUCUAUUGGAAACAACUGAUGAAGAAAGAAAUGACUAUGAAAAGAAAUAUAAUGAUGAGCAAGGGGAACAAAUUGAAGAAAUGACUAUGCUAUCUCGUACAACAGAGGGUUUCAACGAUAUGGACUUAGGCAAAGAUGUCGCGAUGGACUUUAUAAAUGUGCAUGAUUAUGAAAAAUUUCCAAAGCUGAAUGUCUCUAAUGAUGGCUAUUAUGAAGCAUCUGGUGAGUUGGUACCUUUAUCCAAAGAGACAAGCAAUAAUACUGAAAAUUAUAUGGAUGGAAACUACGAUGGUUUAGUACCGGCGGUAGUUGAAGAUGCAUAUGAUUUAGAUAUGUUUUUGGAUGAGAACCUGUAUGAGAAUUAUGCAUUAAAUCAAUAUGGACUCGUGGAUGAUGAAUUCAUGCAAAUGACAACUAUGAAUCCCUGCUGUGAUCUUAACCAAGAUAUAUCACCCGUUAAAGAGUACCGCACAGGAGAUGAUAUCAGUGAUUUGGUUGAAAAUGAAGCAGAAGAUAUGAAAGACGGGAAAGGUUGCACUGGUGAUGAGGCAAACAAUUCGAUGAAAUAA